AUGCAAAAGAACCUGGAAUUCACACUCGGAGGGUUGGAUAAGGAGAUACAGACGAUGCUCAAUCGCAAGAGCGUCCCGAAAUACGAGGGAAUGGGCAAGCAGCUGGUGGGCUUUGGCCGAGCUCCAGGCGAUCUCGGGUAUAUACACGCGCAAAUCAGACACUGUGUGAGACUUGUCAGCGGUAUUCUUUGCGAGUUCGAGCCUGAAUUCACGAAGGGGUACCUGCAUACAAAACCCGAGUGCACAUGCGAUUUCACGCCGUAUUGUGGGCCGGGUCGUGAUAUUGACAUAGCCAUGGAUUCUACAGAUCCCGGGGGUGAGACAGAAGCAUCCACAGACGACGAGGAUGAGCGCUCACAGACAGCGACCGGAUCCUGUUGA